AAGUUGUGUUGCUUGAACCAGUUAUCACCAUGUCGCCUUCCCAGCAGUUGCCCAUUAUCAUAGUAGGAGCAGGCAUUGUAGGGCUCACGCUCGCUCAAGCUCUGAAGAAAGAAGGUAUACCGUUCCAGGUCUACGAGCGUGACCGAUCCCUCGACGCAAGAUCCGCUGGGUGGGGUCUGUCCAUAUAUUGGGCUUUGUCCACCCUAGAGAAUUGUUUACCGCCUGAUCUGUUCAAGGAGCUGGAUUCGAUCCAGGUCGAUCCUCAACAAAGUCUCAAAGAUACCGGAAGAUACGUCUUUUUGGAUCUCGAGACAGCAGAACCUCGAUACGUAAUCCCACCUAGCUUCCGCCGCCGCGUCAGUCGUCUGAAGUUGAGAAAACUGCUCGCCAAGGGGAUUGAUGUGCGUUGGGAUAAAUGCAUCUCUGGCUUCAAGCACACCGAAAACGGCAUCUCAGUAUUUUUCACUGAUGGCACCGAAGCCGAAGGCUCUGCACUAGUGGCAGCAGAUGGCAGCGGAAGCAAGAUCAGACAAAUUCUCAUGGGAGAUGAGCUGGGAUGUUUAAACAAACUACCAGCACACUACCUGUCUGCCACACUGCGUCUAACAGAGGAGGAGGUCAAUCCGUUACGAAAUAUCGACCCUUUGAUGUUUCAGGGUAGCCAUCCUGACACAGGCUUCUACCUGUUCUAUUCGCUCCUCUCAACACCAGAGGUGAAUGGCAGCUCUGAAACAGAUGGCCCUUACUAUGAGGCUCAGUUCGACGUCAGCUGGGCUGUCAAAGGGCCAGAAGAUCAUGUGCCCGAGACAAAUGCCGACCGGCUUGCUAAAAUGAGAUCUGCACCGGCAGCUGGCACUGGAUUUGAGAAGACUUUACGGGAGAUUAUCGAAAAUAUCCCCGAGGGCACGGUCACGCUGGUUGGUGAUGCAGCGCAUGCCAUGACGAUGUACCGAGGCCAAGCAGCAAAUCAUGGAAUCACGGAUGCCGCAAACCUCACGCAGCAAGUGAAGUUAUGGCACCAGGGCAAAAAGACACGCCUUGAAGCGCUGGCGGACUAUGAAACAGAAAUGAUCAAGAGGGGGUAUGAAGCUGUGAUCUUGAGUCGACAAGCUUGCUUAGAUUCCUAUAACAUCCAAAAUCUAAGACCAGAUAGUCCUUUGGUUGGGCGAAGGUAGGGGAUGGACCAAUGUGUUUACACUUGGCUGGAGGGUGUGGCCGUUAAGUGACUCUAGGACCGUGUAUCUACGAAUGUCGGACACGCAAUACCUGGAUGGGGUCUUGGCGCGGGAAUUUGUGAAGGCGACGAUUUCUCUCACCGGACACACAGUGACCGGGUAUGGAUGCAGAUUGGAGUUGUAUGUAGGCAGACAUCUUAGUAUUAUGCUAAUUACGACACGCUGUUUACGAUAAGUAGAAUAGUUGAAUAUCCUCUAGGGCAAAGUAAAACGCACAAAUCAAG